UUCAUUUUGCGCUUUUGCUGGGCAUUAAAAGGAUUUCCGAGGCCGUUUUAUUUAUGUUUUUGUUUUCUUUUGAAAGUUUAGCCACUUGCCGGUAUGGCUGAUAGACCGGAGAGGAGGAGGCAGCCAGCGGGGCGGAAGAGCCGGCAGAGCCAGCCGAGGAAGAGCUCCAGCUCCCGGGUGACUCUGGAAAAGGUUCUGGGGAUCAGCCCGGUGGUCAGCAGCUUCCUGACCUCUGACCCUAACUCUGGCCGUAUUGCCUAUCCUGCAGGGUGUGUGGUGGUGCUGUUGAACCCACUGAACAACAAGCAGGAUCACAUCAUCAACGCCUCCAGGAAGCCCUUCACCGCUCUGAGCUUCUCUCCUGACGGGAAGCACCUGGUGACCGGAGAGAGCGGCCACAUGCCCUGCGUCCGGGUGUGGGAGGUGGGCGGAGGCCAGGUGGCCGAGGUCCAGGCCCAUAAGUACGGCGUGGCCUGUGUGGCGUUCUCCUGCAGCGGCUCCUACGUGGUCUCUGUGGGGUUCCAGCAUGACCGGACCAUCAGUGUGUGGGACUGGAGGAAAGGUUCCAUCAUCGCCACCAACAAGGUGUCCAGCAGAGUCUCCUCCGUCUCCUUCUCCCAGGACAGCAGCUACUUCGUUACCGCGGGAAACCGACACGUAAAGUUCUGGGACCUGGACGGCUCCAAGGACCGGCGGGUGAACAGCACCGUGCCACUGAUUGGCCGGUCCGGGUUGCUAGGUGACCAUAAGAACAGCGUGUUCUGCGGAGUGGCGUGUGGGCGGGGCCCAGCGGCGAGCAACACGUACUGCGUCACCGCCGCCGGGGUCCUGUGUCUGUUCAACAGCAGCCGGCAGCUGGAGGCCUGGGUGAACCUGAAGACGGCGGCGGCGAGCGGCCUGGCGGUCAGCGAGGACUGGGUGUUCUGCGGCUGCGCAGACGGAGUGAUCCGAGUUUUCCGGCCGGCCAACCUGCAGUACGUGGGAACGCUGCCGCGGCCGCACCGCCUGGGCGUGGAUCUGACCCGGAGCGCGCCGCACAGCAGCCCGCCCCCUGCCGGCUCCGAAGCGGCGCAUCCUGACACCCUGGCGCUGACCUUUGACCCCAGAGGGCGGCGGCUCAGCUGCGUGUACACGGACCACAGCGUGUACGUCUGGGACGUGGCGGACGUGAAGAACGCCGUGAGGCUGCACUCGGCUCUGUACCACAGCAGCUGCGUGUGGAACAUCCAGGUUUAUCCGGAGCUGCAGGAUCCGUCUCAGGCCCGUCUGCCGCCAUCGGCCUUCCUCACCUGUUCCUCUGAUAACACCAUCAGACUGUGGCACUCUGACGCCCCCAUCAGGCAGAGGAACCAGUACAGCCAGGACCUGCUGAAGAUCCUGUAUGUGGGGGAAGACGUUCAGCGCCUGCAGGCUGCGGGGGCCGAGGCUGACGGGCCGGACGGGAAGGCCGGGAUCCGGGUGCUGGGAAUCAGUCCGGACGGGAAGCACCUGGCGGCCGGAGACCGCUGUGGGAACCUGAGGAUCUUUGAUCUGGAGAGCCUGACUGAGCUGCUGAAGAUCGAGGCUCACAACUCCGAGGUUCUCUGUUUGGAGUUUUCUCCUUUGUCCUCAGGAGUGAAGCUGCUGGCCUCAGCCAGCAGAGAUCGGCUCAUCCACGUCUUCAACCAGGAGAAGAACUACAACCUCCAGCAGACCCUGAACGACCACUCCGCCUCCAUCACCGCCGUCAAGUUCACCGGUCAGAGUCCAGAGGUCCAGCUGGUGAGCUGUGGAGCCGACAAGAGCAUCUACGUUCAGACGGCCGAGCAGACGCCGGACGGGUCGCUGUUCUCCCGGCGCCACCAUGUGGUGGAGAAAACCACACUGUACGACAUGGACCUGGACCCCACCGGGACGCGCGUCUCUGUGGCAUGUCAGGACAGAAACGUCAGAGUUUACAGUGUGGAGACGGGGAAGCUGGAGCGCAGCCUGAAGGGCUCGGCGAGCGACGAGGGAGCCCUGCUCAAGGUUCACUCGGACCCGUCCGGAUCGUUCUUCGCCACCAGCUGCUCUGAUAAGAACAUCACCAUCUUUGAGGCGGAGACUGGAGAGUGCGUCGCCAUGCUGUUCGGUCAUUCAGAGCUGGUCAGCUGCAUGCGGUUCAGCCAGGACUGCAGACAUCUGAUCUCAGCGUCUGGAGACAGCUGCGUGUUUGUGUGGCGCCUGGACCCCCAGAUGAGCAGCACCAUGAGGAAGAGGCGGGCCCCGGGGCCGAGUGGCCCCCGGCAGCCCAGCAUCAGGAGGGAGACCUUCAUCACCGUCCCCGCCCCCCAGCUGCCUCUGGUGGAGGAGGAGGAGGAUCAGCAGACCCCUGGGAGACCGGAGCCCCCUGCUGAGACGCUGCUGCUGGAGACCAACGGGAAGAUGCCCAUGUGGUUCCGGAAGCUGGCCGACGCCGAGGCCUCCUCCGUCGACCAAUCGGAGGCGGAACCCAGCCAGGUGCGCAGCCGGUGGGCGGAGCCUCUGAACCCGCUGGCCUUCUGCUCCGGCCUGAACGCCAGCGGGAGCCAUGAGGAAGAGGAGGAGGAGGAAGAGUUCCACCCUCAGAGCCUGGACAGCCUGCUGGGAGAUGAAGAGGAGGAGGAGGAGGUGCUGCAGGCAUCCCGGGGAAACCAGACCUUCAUCCUCCAAUCAGAGGGCAGCCCCUCCCUGUCCGACAGGGACUUCAAGGUGGAGGCUGGGGCCGAUCCCGCGCUGGAGGUCAGAGGUCAGGGGGCGGAGCCUGUGUGGAGGACGCACCCCAGUCCGGACUCGGCCUGCUCCGAAGGGUCGACAGGAAGUCUGGAGCCGCAGCACGACACCGGUAAAGGGCGCCGGCGCCGGUCCAUCUGCAGAGUUACAAACCAAAACCUGAAGAUCCAAGAGACGUUGGGGGCGGGGGGCCCGGGGGGGGGGGGGGGUCGCCAGUCAGAGGGCCCA